GCCGGCGCCAAGCGGUUCUCGCCUACUGUAUAAGUGCCAACCAUUGGGCGGGUGUGUAUACCCUAACGACCACCCGCUCGUCACUCAAUUCACUCUCUUUUCAUCUUUUGACGAGUAACACAUAUGUCUGUCCUGUACGAGCGAACCUACGUAUCCUCAAGGUCAGCUUUACACAUGCAGGACGCUACCUACUCUUUGAGUCAACCGCCAAACGGUCCGAGCAAACGAAGUCGGCGUGCAAGCUCAUCGAGAACACUGCGUCAGCGACCACGACCGAUCCCUAAUUCGUACUGGGCGACGCCUUAUCUUGUUGCUUGCGAAUUCCCUUACUGUCCUCUGACUCCCAGUCAGAUCGAGCGUAAACAAACGAAGCAAAAACUGGAUGCAUUGCUCGCAGCCGGCGUGCGAACUUUCAUCGACUUGACUGAACCACACGAGCUUUUCCCUUACUCCCCCCACCUUUCCGCUCGCUGCUCGUUACUUGGCAUUGAGCCUGGAGAGGUCGAGUACCACAAUUUCCCUAUUCGCGAUAGAAACCUGCCAGAAAGCGUCGCCUUUGUGCGUCAAAUCCUUGAUAUACUCAGGGACAACGAGCAAAAAAGUCGAAUAUGUGCAGUGCACUGUCGCGGUGGGAUUGGACGGACAGGUCUAGUAGUUGGAUGUUGGUUGGUUGAGUCGGGUGUAGCAAGGAAUGGUGAGGAUGCGUUACGGCUUAUCGCGGAUGAGUGGAAGCUCGUGGAGAAGUACAAACGAUUCCCGUGCAGUCCGGAAACCGGGCCUCAGUUCGAGUUCGUGAGGAGCUUCAUACCCUCGCACCACUGAAUCUGUAAACAUUGAUUUACGAUUCUUAUGACCUUUUGACACGCCCUCGCGCGUGUACGACGUUCCGUUGACUCGGAAUCAAACAACGCGCUUCGCUGCAUAUGGCAUGCAUAUGGUAGCAUGCCCAAUGGCGGACUUUAUGGACAUAUUUACGCAACAUAACUUAUUACUGUUCAUCCUUUCCCUUCCUCUUGAUUCUCCCUCCUUCAUUCUGGAUACCUCUUGCUUCAUGGGUUCCUAGGCGUAUAUGGUUCUCACCUUUUCAUUCUCCGGCUCGUGUCUAGGUAUCAUAGAGAUUCACAUUUCGCACACUGUAUCGAACAUCAUGGUUUUCAUUCCUACUCCUUAUAGCAUCUCUAGCCUCCAUGGCUUCUAUGGACGAAGUUGAUGAUAUGUUGCGUAUAUUGUAAUGGUGAAUAAUCAAUCAUCUUCUCUCACCUUCGUUAGGGAAUGAUAUUUGAAAAAAUCAAGUAAUGGUUUUAUAAAUUGUUAUAUUCAUA